AUGCGCGUGCUCGUCGGCGCCGCCGAUUGCGCGCGCGCCGGCGUCGCCGUCGUCCUCGCCGGGUUCGGCGACGGGCGCGAUGGGACGUUCGCGUCCGUGACGUCGAUGCGGGACGUCGACGACGACGCGACGCGCGCGGGGGCGGGGGUGGAAUCAUCGAGAAUGUCUUCUGAAGACAUCUGUGCGAUGGCGUCGACGCCGGACGUCGCGCUCAUCGCGGUGAACGCGCGGUGCGACGGGAGCGAUGGCGCGGCGUUGGUGUCGUACGCGGUGCUGGAGGCGAUCGAAUCGAUCGAGGACGUGACGGAGGUGUGUUUUAUAUGCGCGACGCGGGACGAGGCGCUGGAGCUCGAGCGGAGAGACGAGGAAAGUUUUCUGGCGUACGAGGACGUGCGUAACGGCGCGCGGUGGUCGGACGAUGUUGGGAUCGUGAAACGACCGCUGGGAGAGCGUGGGGUGAACGGAGGGGACGGGGUGUUGGCGAUCGCGCUCGCGGCUUUGGACGCGCGCGGGACGCGCGUGCGGGCGUUGUACGCGCCGGCGCACGCGCGGUGCUCGACGAGCGAGGCGCUGAGGGUGACGCACGGGUUAGGGCGCGCGGUUGAGAGAAGUGCUUUCGGUUUGGUCGGGUACGACGCGGCGGCGGUGGAACGUUUGGUGCCGGCAUCGUCGGGGGAUCGAGAGACGAACGAGUCGCUGUACACGUGA